GACGCCUCGGCGUGCCGGAGGGAACCGGUGGCGGGGCGGCGUUGCAGGCAGCUGCCUUCUCUCUCCACCCCUCCUGCCCGUCCUCCUCCUCCUCCUCACCCGGCCGUAAAUCCGCCUUCCCGGCAGAGAGCCGGAGCGUGGGGCUCGGCGGCGGAGAGCAGGCCUCUGCCCGGCUGGGGAAAGGGGGGGAAAGGAGGGAAAAAGAAGGGGAAAAGGAGGAAUAAAGAAGGAAGAAAGAAGGGAAAAGGAAGGGAAAAGGAGGAAAAAAGGAGCAAACAGGAGGAAUAAAGAAGGAAAAAAGAAGGGAAAAGGAACGGAAAAGGAGGAAAAAAGGAGCAAAAAGGACUAAAAAGGAGGAAAAAAGAAGGGAAGAAGGAGGAAGAGAGGGAAAAGGAGGAAAAAAGAAGGAAAAAAGGAGGAAAAAGGAAUAAAGAAGGAAUAAAGAAGGAAAAGGGAGGAAUAAAGAAGGAAAACAGAAGGAAAAAGGAGGAAUAAAGAAGGAAAACAGAAGGAAAAAGGACGAAAAAAGAAGGCAAAAGAAGGCAAAAGGAGGAAAAAGGAGGAAUAAAGAAGGCAAAAGGAGGAAAAAAGAAGGAAACAGAAGGAAAAAGGAGGAAAAGAAGGAGGCAGCGGGGAAACGACAGCAGCGCGACGGCUGCAGAGAGCAUCUUCGCCGGGCUGAGUUUGCAGGAAAACCCCGGCAGAAGCGCAGGACUCCGACCGUUCCCCCCCCCGCCGCUUUGGCUCCAUCGAACCCCUCAAUUCCUCCCAGUUUUACCUUCUAAGGGAGAGGUUUGGGAUGCGGCUGUUCCUGGACGGACCCAGCGCGUUCCCAGGAGCCUGAUCCGGACCCGCUCGAGGCAGGAUACCACGGUGAGGGUCCCGCUGCCGCCUGCUCCAAUGGAGCGACCACCCGAGCAGGAAGGGACGAUCCUGGCUCCUUCCAGCGGUGAAGGGACCUGCCAGCUCCCGGAGAAGGCCGUCGGUGGGGAAGAAAUGCCGGCUGGCGGCCGGGAGAGCCCGGCACCGGACGGGCAAGCUGCCAUGCUGCACGGCGGGGAGGUGGACAUGCCUUCCAGCCCCGGCGUGGGGCAGCCGGGCUGUGCCCCACAUCUCCCCUCCGAUGAGCAUCCGAGGGAAGAUGCUCGGGAGAAGCAGCCCGUGGAGGGUGAGGGGUCCCUGCCGGGUGCCCCCGUGCCCAGCCCGGGUGCCAGGGCGGUGGGGUUACCGGCUGAGCCCCCCCGAACCCAGACCCCGAGUCGGGAAGCGGAGGCGGAUUUUUAUUGCGUGAAGUGGAUCACUUGGAAAGGCGAGCGGACGCCCGUCAUCAUGCAGAGCGAGAACGGGCCCUGCCCGCUCCUGGCCAUCAUGAACAUCCUCUUCUUGCAGUGGAAGGUGAAGCUGCCCCCGCAGAAGGAGGUGAUCACGGCCGAGGAGCUGAUGGCGCAUUUGGGGGAUUGCAUCUUGUCCACCCAACCCCGGGAGCCGUCGGAGGGGCUGCAGCUCAACUUCCAGCAGAACAUCAACGACACCAUGAUGGUCCUCCCCAAGCUCUCGACGGGGCUGGACGUCAACGUGCGGUUCACGGGUGUCUCGGACUUCGAGUACACGCCCGAGUGCAUCGUCUUCGACCUCCUCAACGUCCCGCUCUACCACGGCUGGCUGGUGGACCCCCAGAGCCCGGAGGUGGUGCAAGCCGUGGGCAAGCUCAGCUACAACCAACUGGUGGAGAAGAUCAUCACCUGCAAGCAGGCCAGCGACUCCAGCCUGGUGAGCGAAGGGCUGGUGGCGGAGCAGUUCCUGGAGUCCACGGCCUCCCAGUUGACCUACCACGGGCUCUGCGAGCUCAUGGCCGCCGUCAGGGAGGGCGAGCUCAGCGUCUUCUUCCGCAACAACCACUUCAGCACCAUGAUAAAGCACAAGGGCCACCUCUACCUGCUGGUGACGGACCAGGGCUUCCUGCAGGAGGAGAGGGUGGUCUGGGAGAGCCUCCACAACGUGGACGGAGACAGCUGCUUCUGCGACACCGAUUUUCAUCUCAGCCACGCUCCGGGCAAGGAGGGGGCUGCCGCGGCCCCCCCGGACCACCGGCUCCCGCAGAGACAAGUGGACCAGGAUUACAUGAUCGCCCUGUCCCUGCAGCAGCAGCAGGGACAGGACCCCUCCGCGCUCAGUGACCUGGAGCUCGCUCGCCAGCUGCAGCAGGAGGAGUAUCAGCAGCAGCAGCAGCAGCAGCAGCGGCAGCAGCGGCAGCAGCAGCGGCAGCAGCAGGUCCCAGUGCAGGGCCGCGCGCAGCCGGGCGGCCGGCCGGCCGGAGAGCGGAGGCAGCGGCAGAAGCCAGACUUCGACUGCACCCUCCUAUAGCACCCUGUGCCUGGCCCCCCGUGGGGGGCACCCGUGGGGGCCCUGCCCCAUCCCUGCCGUGGCCCCCCCAGCUCCCGGCCAGGCCGGGGCAUGUGGCGGGGUCCCUGCACCCGGAGCCCCCCGCCUCCCCACUCUGGUCUGUCCUCCGGGGAGAUCCCGUGGGGGUCCCUGGGGACAGGAGUGGGGGGGACACACGCACACGAGGGGGUGUCCUUCCUCACCCACUGCCAGGACCACCCAAAUCUUUCCA